AUGAAUCUGAAUGAUUUAGACAUUUACUUUGAGAUUUUCAAAACUGUCUUUUCUUUUAUUGGAAAGCUGACAGUCCAGAAAGGAAAGGCAUUCAUCCAUCGAUAUACAUACCGCGCAACACCAGACCCACACAAUGUCAUUGUUGUGGGAGGUUCUUUUGCGGGAGCGCUUCUUGCUCAACGACUUGCUCACACAUUGCCUUCGGGUUAUCGUGUAAUUCUCGUCGAGAUGAAUUCUCACUUUAAUUACGCUUUUGCUUUUCCUCGGAAUGCCGUCUUCUCUGGAAGAGAGCAUCACACGUUCGUCUCGUACGAGAACCUUACUAAAGGUGCUCCUGAGGGCAUCUUUCGACAAUAUUGCGAUGAAGUUACAGAUGUCACAGAGUCGCACGUUAAUACAGCAAGUGGUACUUCUCUGCCUUACGAGUAUCUCAUUGUUGCCACGGGCGCUGCACAGCCACCACCAGCACGACUAUUAUCCAGAAACAAACAGGACGGGAUCCAAGAGUUCAGAGGUUACCAACAGCGUAUCGGCAAGGCCGACAGAGUUGCGGUCAUAGGAGGAGGAGCCGUUGGAAUUGAAUUAGUCACAGAGAUCAGAGAGAAGUACCCCGACAAAGAAGUAACGCUCAUUCACUCCAGGCAACAACUCCUACCUCGGUUCGGACCCAAGCUUCAUGAUCGUGUCAUGGGAACUCUCAGGAAGCAGAAUAUUGAGGUUUUGCUAGGUGAAAGACCACUGUACCCAAGUGAUGCGGGACAACAUGUGCAAGAGACCAAUCUUACUCUUGCUGACGGAAAAGAAAGGACCUGGGACUUGGUGAUUCCUUGCACAGGUCUCCGACCACGAUCUGAACUAUUGGCACAAUACUCUCCUAAAAGUAUCGCUUCCAAUGGCGAGAUCAUGGUAGAACCAACACUCCAAGUUCAGAACUUGCCCUCAUCAAAGAAGAACAUCUUUGCUCUCGGCGACGUGGCUCAGUCUGGGGGGCCAAAGCAAGCUCGUGCUAGUAUCAUGCAAGGUGAUGUCGUGGUCAACAACUUAUUACGACUCAUCAAAGGUCAAUCAGCCGAGGAGAAAUAUGUUCCUCAUUUCUUUGAGAAUACAUUAAAGUUAACACUAGGAAAGCGAUUAUCUGUUCUGUGGGCUCAGAAGGGAGAUUACGAAUGGAUGAAAGAGUCCACUGCUGGGGAUGAGGAUGUAAAUGUCAAGCAGACAAGACGGCAACUGAAUGCAAAAGCGGAAGAAUGA